AUAAUAAGAGUAUAAAGGCAACACGGGGCAUAUUUAUCGGUUAGUAUUCUUGUUGGCGCGCGAUAAUGCUGGGCCGGCUACGCGAGAUUACAAACGAAAUUGCAUCCAGACGGUCCCGCGAUGACAAAUAAAGUCGAAAAUUUAGAUGAGCUGAUCAUUCGCUAUUUAGACCUCGGCGAAAAGAUCGUCAGCCACGAAGCCGCUCCGUUGACGAAACCCGGUGAAAAUUUCGGCUCGGAAAUAUUAAGCGUGGACUUUACGGUGGAGAACCCAACGGACGGCUCGCGCAGGAUCCUAAGCACGGUUAUAAAGCUGGUACCGGACGGCGAAUACGCUAGGCAAAUGUUCAACACUCCGGUCACGUUUAGGAACGAGGUCGGUUUCUACGACAUCGUCGUCAAAAAACUGCAUGCCUACCUUCUGGAAAAGGGCGUCGAGGAUGGCGCAAACUUCGCUGUCAAAAGUUACGGUAGUCGUUUAAGCCUCGACCCGGAUAGCCGAAACGUCGACGACGACGCCGUUUUAGUGCUCGAGAAUGCUAAAAAACUAGGGUACGUCACUGUGAACAAACUGGCGGGUUUCGACUUCGACGGUGCCAAAUUGAUCCUCGCGACGCUGGCCAAGUUCCACGCGGCGACGCUAGCCUUCAAACUGGAUGAGCCGAAAUCGUUCGACGACGCGGUCAGACCGUACCUGUGGGACUUCCAAGAGGACCCGCGGUACGAGGUGGCUGUGGCCCGUCAACUGACCAAAUUUUUGACGGAACAGAAUUAUCCGGACGGCGUGGUCCGACGCGCUGCCGACUUGAUGCGGAAACGCAGCGACCCGUCUUCGCCCGAACCGUGGUCUGCGGUUAUUCAUUACGAUUGCUGGGUCAAUAAUUUUUUGGUGAAAUACGCGGCAGACGGCAGACCCGAACACGCAGUCCUCGUCGAUUUUCAACUGAUCGGUUACAAGUCGCCCGCCCGCGACGUCGUUUUUUUUGUUUUCACUAGCGUCGCAAGUGACGUUUUGACGCGAAACGUCGUCGAUAGUUUGUUCGCUCAUUACCACGAAUGUCUCGUCGAUCGACUGGAACUGUUGGGUAUCGAUACGUCGAAGUUCUCUUUCGAAGAUUUUAGAGAGGAAUUGAAACGGGCAGCCUUGGACAGCGAAUUUUACCACAUCGCGCUGAUGCUGCCCCCCAUUUUGGAAAAGGACUUCGUCGAUCUGAGUUACAUCGAGGAACGCGGCGGCGCGGACGACGCGCGAUGCCUCUGGAACGACGCGCACAAGCGAAGAUUGCGAUUCGUCGUGGACGAGUUUCGGAGUCGCGGCUGGUUCGAUGAAAACUGACCAAGUUCUGUUAACUGCGGUUCGCGUAAAGAAAUUGCUUGUUUUCACACAAAGUCAGCCUUUUAUUUCGUACCCUGAUCACGGUUAUACCCAUAGAGGUAUUAGAGAAUAUACGGUCGGCUAAUACGAUAAAACCACAUAGUUAC